AGAGGAGGAGGAAGAGGAGGAGGAGGAGGAGGAGGAGGAGGAGGAGAGGGAGGAGGAGGAAGAGGAGGAAGAGGAGGAAGAGGAGGAGGAGGAGGAGGAGGAGGAGGAAGAGGAGGAGGAGGAGGAAGAGGAGGAGGAGGAGGAAGAGGAGGAGGAGGAGGAAGAGGAGGAGGAGGAGGAAGAGGAGGAGGAGGAGGAAGAGGAGGAGGAGGAGGAAGAGGAGGAGGAGGAGGAAGAGGAGGAGGAAGAGGAGGAGGAGGAGGAGGCAGAGGAGGAGGAGGAGGAGGAAGAGGAGGAGGAGGAGGCGGCAGAGGAGGAGGAGGAGGAGGAGGAGGAGGAAGAGGAGGAGGAGGAGGCGGCAGAGGAGGAGGAGGAGGAAGAGGAGGAGGAGGAGGCGGCAGAGGAGGAGGAGGAGGAAGAGGAGGAGGAGGAGGCAGAGGAGGAGGAGGAGGAAGAGGAGGAGGAGGAGGAAGAGGAGGAGGAGGAGGCGGCAGAGGAGGAGGAGGAGGAAGAGGAGGAGGAGGAGGCGGCAGAGGAGGAGGAGGAAGAGGAGGAGGAGGAGGCAGAGGAGGAGGAGGAGGAGGAGGCAGAGGAGGAGGAGGAGGAAGAGGAGGAGGAGGCAGA